AUGGCGGACGACCACGAAAACUUCUCCAACGUCUCGUGGAGCGAGCACGUCCACGACCAGACGUCGCGCCUCCCGCCCGCCGAGGAGCCCGGCCACACCAUGGAAGGCCCGUCGACGGGCAUCGAGGGCGAGCCCCCGCUGGGCGGCGACCGCCUUGAAUGCACCGUCGGCACGCCCCUCAAGGAAAAUGACGGCAGCAAGGACGCUUUUGUGUCGUACCUCAUCACCACCCACUCCACGUUCCCCUCGUUCCAGCGCCCGACCGUGUCCGUCCGUCGCCGUUUCACCGACUUCGUCUUCCUCUUCAAGCAGCUGUCGCGCGACUUCCCCGCCGCGGCCGUCCCGCCGCUGCCCGACAAGCAGCGCAUGGAGUACGUCCGCGGUGACCGUUUCGGCGGCGACUUUACGGCCCGGCGCGCCCACUCGCUGCAGCGCUUCCUGCGCCGCCUGGCGCUGCACCCGACGCUCCGCCGCGCGCCCAUACUGCACGUCUUCCUUGAGAGCCCGGACUGGAACGCCACGGUCCGCAGCCGGAGCACGCGCGCCAGCCUCGCCAGCGACGGCGGCUCCGGCGGAGGUGGAGGAGGCGGCGGCGGCGGGAGCGGCGUCUUUGACAACUUUGCCGACACCUUCAUCAACGCCUUUACAAAGGUGCACAAGCCGGACCGGCGCUUCAUCGAGGUCAAGGACAAGAGCGACAAGCUCGACGAGGACCUGGGCCACAUCGAAAAGGUGGUGGCGCGCGUGGUGCGCCGCGAGGCCGACCUCGAGGCCGACCUGCGCGACCUGGCGGAGCAGUUCCAGAAGCUCAUCACACUCGAGCCCGGCGUCGAGCCUGCGGUGCACGCCUUCGCCGCGUCGGUCGAGGACACGGCCGCGGGCCUGCGCGGCCUGCGCGACGUGACCGACCAGGACUACCUGGGCUCCCUGCGCGACAUGCAGGCCUACUCGCUCUCCCUCAAGGCCCUGCUGCGCGCCCGCGAGCAGAAGCAGCUCGACCACGAACAGCUGACCGAGUACCUCAACAAGUCGACGGCCGAGCGCGAUAGCCUCGCCUCGGGCCACGGCGGCGGCGGCGGCGGCGGCCUCGGCAGCAGCGCGGCGGGGCUCGUCGGCGGGCUGGGCGGCAACUUCAUCCGCUCCAAGAUCGAGGACGUGCGCGGUGUCGACCACGAGCAGGCCCGCCGCGAGCGCGCCCGCAAGCUCGAGCUGCGCGUCGAAGAGCUCACCACCGAGGUGGAGCGCGCCCGCCGCACCAGCGACAUGUUCGACGACGAGGUCGUCCGCGAGGUGGCCGACUUUGAGCGCAUCAAGCGCUGCGAGUUCAAGGCCCAGCUCGGCGGCCUGGCCGACGCCCACGUCGCCUUCUACGGCGAGGUCGCCGACAUUUGGGAGCGCUACGUCCGGGAGAUGGAGAAGGAGGGCGUCGCCGCGGCGUGA